AUGAAACUUUCCACGAUUUUCCUCACUCUGAUCAUCUGUCACGGCUUGUUCGAAGGUUCGGGUGCAACACCGGUUCCAAAAAGACAUCACGGACACAAGGAGCCUGGUCAAAACGAGACUGGUCAAGAGAAGCAUACUAAAUCGGAAAAAAAUGGAAACGACCAGACCUUAAAACCUCUCCUGGACUUCACCGGAGCCGAGGCCAACGACUUGUGGCAGUCAGAGUUUCUGGAAGAAUUCCGUUGA